GUUCGGAAUUCAAAGCGGAAAUAACGAUAUGGAGACCUGCGUAUAUUGGUAGAGAUUUUUUAUUAACGGAUUUGGUAAAUCAAAGCAAUGGAACAGAGUAUACUGACACCAUCCGAGAUGUUGCCUUCAAGAGAGGUGACCUCGACCUUUAUGGCAACCUCUGAGAUUUCCCAGGUAAGUGAGGUCAACUCGAGCAUUGAAGAUGACCAGUUCGUCGAUCAGCAGCGGGCGUCCAGUCUACUGGCGGGAUUCUCGAAACUGUACAUCAACAAGGAAUUCGUCGACAUCACUAUCUGUGUGGACAAACAAGAGUUUUCAUGUCAUAAGAACGUGCUCGCUGUAUCCUGUCCCUACUUCAUGGCGAUGUUUUCAAACAACAUGGCUGAGAGUCACCAGGAAAAGGUAACUCUGAAGGACAUUGACUCCCAGACGAUGUCACUAGUGUUGGACUACAUUUACACUGGGCAGGUUUUACUGACAGAGGAGACAGUACAGAAUCUCCUGUCAGCUUCCAAUCUCUUCCAGCUUAUUUCUCUCCGCAAUGGGUGUGCCGAUUUCAUGAUGAAUCACGUAACCGUUAGUAACUGUGUUGGAGUCUUCUUCUUUGCAAAGGCUCACGAAUGUGAGAUUCUUGCGACUAAAGCCAAGGAGAUUAUUAACAGCAGGUUUCCGACGAUUUGUGAACAGCAGGAGUUCCUCUCGCUUCCCGCUGAUAAGCUCGUGGAGAUUAUCAGCGACGAUGACAUGACGGUGACGUCGGAGGAGACGGUUUACGAGGCGUCACUCGCAUGGCUACAACAUGACAAGGAAAACCGGAUCCAGCAUCUCGAGUUCGUCAUGAGGUUUGUCCGGUUCGCCAUCAUCAACUCGUACUAUUUCUGUGACAAGAUAGACACGAAUUUGACCUUACAAUCGAACCCCGACCUAAGAAAAACUCUUGACUUGAUACGGUAUUAUCACAUUUUGAAGAAUCGACACCAGGAGAUGGACUUGAAUCUGAUGCCUCGUAGAGGGAUGGUGUACAUGCGCGGCGUCAUGAUCAUAGCCAAUCCUUAUACGGAGGAUACACUUAAAAAAUACAACAGCAUGGAGCUCUUGCUGCCCAAAAAGGGGGAGGUAAUCAACAUCUGCAAGUUGCCACAGAGUCUGUUCACCCCAGGUUGUGCAAUUACCGGGGAUAACCAAAUCUACCUGGCGGGUGGUGCGACAAGGAAGAUCAACUACCGCGGCUCGAUCACGGCGGACGGGAUGUCCAACAACCUGUACGUGUUCGACCCGAUCCAUCGCACCUGGCAGCCCAAGGCCAAGAUGCACAUGUCACGGUCUGAGUUCUGUCUCACCAUCGUUGAUGGGUACAUGUUUGCGGUAGGUGGACACGAUGGCAGUGAAAUCCUCACAAGUGUCGAGCGGUACUGCCCACACACGGACUGUUGGAUGCUGGUGAACCCGCUACCACAGCCACUGCGAUUCAUGACCGCACUCAGCUUCUGCGGCAAGCUGUACGUCUUCGGAGGCGAGAAUCCAACGCAGAUCAGUCAAAACGCUUACAGAUAUGAUCCUGCUAAUGAUACCUGGACAGAGUUACCUCCCAUGAACACACCUCGAGUUUUAGCAGGAAGUGUGGUUUACAAAGAAAACAUCUAUGUCAUUGGUGGAAACUCUAAAAUCAGUGACAAGUGGACAAAGGAAUACUUGCCGGAGCAUUGCGUGAGUUCCGUGGAGAUAUUUGACCCAGUGGCGGAGUCGUGGAGUGCAGGACCAGAACUGCCCAACCCGCUGUGUGGAACAGGUGUGGUUAAAUACGGUAACACGAUCCUUGUGGUGGGUGGGGAGGACGACAAGAGCUGGAUGGCCGGUCUGUGCUGGCUGCACGAGGACAAGGACAAGAUGACCUGGAUUGAAGGUUACGAACUCCCCACAGUGAUGAGCACGUUCGGGUGUGUUGUGGCCAAUAUACCACACGAGGUGCUGGAUCAGCAGUGAGGGGGGAGUAGGGUGCUGGGAGGGGGAUAUAUUUAUUAGUGUUGUCACCAAUAUACCACACGAGGUGCUGAAUCAGCAGUGAGGGGGGAGUAGGGUGCUGGGAGGGGGAUAUAUUUAUUAGUGUUGUCACCAAUAUACCACACGAGGUGCUGGAUCAGCAGUGAGGGGGGAGUAGGAUGAUGGGA